CACCCCGCUCUGUCUCUAUUUCUUCUCUCUCUCAACCGAGUUCUCCGAGUCCGUCAAUGGCGUCCGUCACCGGAUCGGCGAUCAACAUCGCGGCGCCGACUCGUUCCUCGCGGAGGAGCCAGGUAGAUAAUGGCUUCCCUGCUAAGAAACUAGUUUCUUUCUCCAGUCAGAAAAGCUUUCCAUCUGUACGGUUGCGACACCUCCAGAUCUGCUGUGCUGCCAAACAAGAGACGGUAGAGAAAGUUUGUGAAAUAGUGAAGAGUCAGCUUGCACUUACUGAGACUCCUGUUACCGGCGAGUCAAAGCUAACUGAUUUGGGUGCUGAUUCACUUGACACGGUUGAGAUUGUGAUGGGUCUCGAGGAGGCAUUUGACAUCAGUGUGGAGGAAGACAAUGCACAGAAUAUCACCACUGUGCAGGAGGCUGCUGAUCUCAUUGAGGAACUAGUAGAGGCAAAGUCGUCGUCGUCGUAAAUGGAGGGACUUUAUCAAAAUUCUUUUAAAACUUUAGUCUCUUUUGUUAGCUUAUCUCUCAGGUUAGUGGUAAAAUGUUGCAUUGUCCUAGGCUGUUGUCAUCAAACUGUAUUAACUUUUUAGCUAAGCUGUCGGAUUCUGAGUUAAAUAUCAUAUUCGAAGAUGCUAUUGUUGAAAUAUUUUGAAUUUAGUUGCAGUUAUGAAUUGUGACA